GUGGACAGAACACCCCGCAUGUGGCCGUGUCCCUCACAGCGGUGGGGGAUGCAUCUCAGCAUGACUGUUUGGCUCAUAGCCUGUUGAGAGAGCUCUACCUGUCCCCACACCUGCGAUUCAUCUUCUGGGCCAUUCUGACUGCGUGCUGGCAGCUGCUGACGGGGCAGAGCCUGCAGAAGCAGCUGGGACGGGCGGAGGAGAAGGCAGAGAAAGCCUCUGUGUGGAGGGGCAGCAAAAGAGAGGGGGGUCUGGGAAGUAUGGCCACCUGUGUGUCUGCUGCUGAAGAGCCGGGGCACCUCUGAUGUUCAACAAGGGACACCUGGGUGGCAGGUACAAAAUCUGCAGAGCUGCCAGUCUGGACAGUCCAGGCUCUGCCUUCUGACCCUUAAUCCUGCAGGGCCAAAAUGGGAUCAGCUGUGUCAGGUUGCACUCAGGGAUGGCGAGCGUUGAUUUUUGCUUUUUGUAAGGCAGUUUGUCCUACGUCUGUUUUUAAUGCCUGCUCCUUCUUUAUCAGCUGCGCGUCUUGAAUGUUACACGGCGAACGGGGCUGACUAUCGCGGCACUCAGAACCAGACCUCCCAAUACGCAGGGAAACCCUGUCUUUUCUGGAAUGAGACCUUUGAGCAUCCUUAUAAUACUCUGAAAUAUCCCAAUGGGGAGGGAGGGCUUGGUGACCAUAAUUACUGCAGGAACCCUGAUGGAGAUGUCAGCCCGUGGUGCUACAUUGCAGAGCACGAGGAUGGGAUAUAUUGGAAGUAUUGUGAGAUUCCGUCCUGCCGAAUGCCGGGGAACCUGGGGUGUUACAAGGACCAUGGGGAGCCGCCGCCUUUGACUGGCACCAGUGAGACCUCCAAUAAACUCACCAUCCAGACAUGCAUCAGUUCCUGCCGGAGUCAGCAAUUUAAGUUUGCAGGCAUGGAAUCAGGUUAUGCUUGUUUCUGUGGAAAUAAUCCCGACUACUGGAGAUACGGGGAGGCAGCCAGUACGGAAUGCAACAGUGUUUGCUUUGGAGACCAUACGCAGCCUUGCGGUGGGGAUGGCAGAGUCAUUCUUUUUGACACCCUCAUCGGUGCCUGCGGAGGGAACUACACUGCUGCUACAGCUGUGAUCUAUUCCCCAGAUUUUCCCGACACAUACGGCACAGGCAAAGUCUGUUACUGGACCAUACAAGUUCCAGGGGCAUCUCAAAUCUACUUCAACUUUGUCCUUUUUGAAAUCAAAGAUGCCACAGACAUGGUGGAAUUGCUGGAUGGCUACACCUAUGAUGUUCUAGCUCGCUUUAAUGGCAAGAACCGGCCUCCUCACACCCUUAACAUCUCUUUGGAUUUUGUAAUUUUGUACUUUUUCUCAGAUGAAAUCAAUCAAGCCCAGGGGUUUGCUGUCAGAUACAGAGCUGUGAAGGACAAUGUGCAUCAAGACAAGAUUCUAAUGAAUCAGACCCUUUCAGAGAAGACAAACGAACAAGCAAAUCUCAGCAUCAAUACAGCCCGGUCAUCAAAGAUACUUUAUGUCAUCACGACCAGCCCGAGUCACCCCAGCAGCUCCAUGCCUGAGUGGACAAUCUACAGUCUCACAGCACUGCUCAUCCUAAGCGUUACAGCCAUAAUAGCAAAGAUAUUUCUCCACAUAACCAUGAGAUCCCAUCGGAUACCAACUGCACGUGAAACAGAAGAUUCCAGUGAGGUUCCUACCGCUGGCGAGAUCUGGAGCAUCUUUUACCAGCCCUCCACAUCAAUAUCCAUCUUCAAGAAAAAGCUUCGAAGUCAGCAAGAUGAUUGCAACCCACUGGUGGGAAACUGAAGCGCUUUUUAUUGUACAGGAGUGAAUCUUCUUAAAAUCCAGGUGACUUGGGAAUAAUCUUUUUUUUUUUUUUCUUCCAAUCUCAUACUUGUUUUCCAAAAAGUCCAUUUCCAAAGGUCUUUGAGGGACUGUGCCUAUCUGCUGUUCUCUUGGGAAUAAUAAUGGCAACAGCUUUAAUUGCGGCAACAGUUCUGAAAUAUCUGGUGCUCAUCAGCUCUGCAGUGCUGUUAAUUACUGAUUUUAAACUAUGCACUUAAAAUACAUGUAAAAACCUGCAAAACUCAAAAUGUCCUGUACCCCUGCCAGCAGUAACUGGAUGAGUAUCUGCAGGCUGAGGACUUGUGACCUACUUUCCGGUACCGCUGCAUGGGAUCAGGCUGCUCCAGGCCCUUUAUUCUCAGGGCUGAAGGCAGUGGUCGGUGCUGGUGACUUGCUCAGCAACCAGAGCUUCUUGGCAUUACCGUAAGGAUGUCUGAAUGGUACUAGACAGUAAAACAGGAGUCAAAGACACUGAGAAAUGAUCAGCCUGGCGCCCCGUGCUCUGCUGUUUCUAUAGAUUUUUCUGUUUCUACAAGGAGAGGUGUACAAGUGAAAAUCAAAGCCAUUCAGGAGACACUCUAUGGAGCUUCAGCUGCGUGUGAGCUCUGGUGCAGUAAUUCUCGCCAGGUCAAGGUCUGCAGAAGCAACGAAGACUUUAAAAUGACUACGUCUGACCCACCGUUCGCUGAGAACUGUGAUAAUUUAGUUCAUAUUCACAGGGAUCCUUUAAAGAAUGAUUGUACUCCAGCCUGAAGUCCUGUACCCAUCGUGGAUGUGAGCUGAGGGCUUUGUAAAGGAUUCUAUGCAGAAAUUGUAAAGCCAGUGAGUGUUUAAGCAGCGAAGCUGACUGAUACAGAUUCUUGCUCUGAAGCUAAAGAUACUGAUCUCAGCAGCCUAAAUUACUUACAAAGUUGUAGCCUGCUGUCAGCAGCUCAUCUUGGCCCAGCCGUGCAUCUCAACACACACCUAACAGCUACCCGGGAGAAGAGAAAACAUCUUCUUGCCUGCAAAACUGCUGCUGCCCUUAAUUGUCAGCAAAGGAAAACAGCAGCAGGGAUCUGAUCUGUGAAAUGAUUUCUCUUUGAUUGCAACGGGCAGCAUGAACUACUUUGUCCACCUCUAGCGCUCGGACUUCUCAUCCCACCACCAGGAUCCUCAGGGAGUCUUUGAGUCUAACAAGAUAGUUAGGAAAAACUGACAGUACAGAAGUCAGAUCAACGGACCAGGAAUGUCCACUGAGUGAGCAGCUCCUCAAC